UAGGUUAAUCAAAAAAAUAAAUAAAUAAAGUAGCUUGCGCAAAUCUCGAUUUCUUAAUUAAACAGAAAUCGUGAACGUAUUGAAAUGCACAUACGGUUUCCAUAGUAAAACAUGCUGAAAUGCGCAUGCAUGCUGGGGAAGGGAGGUAAAAGCUUGAUCUUAUAGAUACAGCAAAGUUAGACAAGUGCAUUCCCUUGUGUAUGAAAAACUAGAGGUUGCAACAGGUUGAUGCUUCUACCGAGUCAUCUAAGUUGCGUGAGAGGUAAAAGAGACCGUCUACACACUUUACACUCGACGGUCCUUAAUGUAUAAUAUAAGCCAGUUGUUUCACUUAUGUCUGCAACAAAAAUAAUUUCUGUCCUUUGUGUAUAAAAUAAGCCAGUUCUUUCAUUUAUAUCUGCAACAAAAGAUAAAUUCUCGCUGUCAUAGCAUCGUCGGAAAAUGCGUUUAUGCAUGCAUUUCCUCUUUCUUGCCGCAAAGGGAUAUUAUACAGAUUGGCUGUUACUUUCAUGAACGCAAAGGAGACAAGAAAAAUAUGGACACUGUUGUGCUCGUAGCUGUAGGGGAGAAGCAAGAAACAAUGAAUGUAUAGGAUACUGUCUUGUCCUUUGAAUAAAAACAGAAAGUAUUUCGGGGACAGACAAAGUUACUUUUUUGAAACGAAUUUAUGAAGAAAAAUGUCUUGCUUUUAAAUUUGAGAGCCUGUUCGGAUGAAAAAUUACUUGAAUUGAUGCAUGUUAGCAUUAUCUUUUAACUAUUUUGCAUGAUUUCAAACAAGGUAGCUUUAUUGAACAUAUACUUUUGAAAUGUUGCAGGGAGGGGUAAAACUUCUGUCUUUGAUGCCAGUUCAUGCAAAGAAGCCUUGUAUUAGUUUAAAAACUUUGAAUAGAUUCUUCAUUUGAUACCAGUGGCGAAUUGAGGCAAACUAUUUUGUUUGAUUUAUUUAAAGUGGAACGCGCCUUUUCUAAGGAUACUGUGAUAAUGUUUUGGAAAGAGGCAAAAAACUGACAAGCGCGCACUACGAAUGUAUUUCCAAUAUGUCUUUUGACGUUUUCAAAUUAAAGUUCAAAGACAAAAAGAAAGUAACAAGGUUGUUAGAUACUUCAAGAAGCGCUAGUGCCAACUCAAGACUUAUCACUGCUAUGCUAGCAGAAAGGCCAUACCAAGCCAACAGUAGAUCGACCUCCGCAGUGUAUACCUCAUAUCCGACAAGUGCAUUCACGGGGAGUAUUUCAGGAACUUUAAACAUGGAUAGACAUAAUGUUUCAAACGAAUACAAGUCUGUAUUAUAUGCGGCAAAUUCCAACCGCUCCGAACUAGAUUCACGAUCCCCCAAAGGGACAGCUUUACCUACAUGUGUAGUGAAUCCGUCGUCAACCGACGCGGGAUAUAGGAGUUACGACGAGGAUUCGUAUCCCCCAGGAUAUAUUCCUAGUCGCAAACAGAGAGAAUUUAUUCCGGAAAAUAAGAAAGAUGACGGUUAUUGGGAGAAAAGGCGGAAGAACAAUGAAGCUGCAAGAAGGUCUAGAGAAAAGAGGAGAGUUCACGAUAUGGCUCUUGAAAAUAGAAUUAUGGAAUUAACAAGAGAAAACUGCAAAGUCCGAAAUGAAUUGAUAUUAAUCAAGAAGAAAUUUGGAUUGUCCCUAGACGAAACUUUCACAGGAGACGAGACAGAACCGAAAAGACAAGAGGGGCCACCGCCAUUACAUCCCGUCUCAGAAACUGUGAGACCAUCUAAUCCAUCUCUGCGUGUGGUAUCUCAAGAAAACCAGGCUAGAUACCCUGCAACUUUACAACAAUCACCUGUACGUAGCAGGAAUAUAUCAGGGACCAGUUCAUCUCCGUACAUGCAUGCAUUUCCGCCAUACACCACGUCGUCUCGUCAGCCUUCGAGUCAAAUCAUUACAGAGUCAUAUUACAUGAAUCACGCCACCACAGACCCAGACAUCAAGCCCUUCUCAGGAAAUUUCGAUGCUCAAUCUCCAUAUAAAAUGAAAUCCACAAAAGAUGAUUCUAUUUCAUCUUAUGUCCGUGUAGAUGAUCAAGUUCGCCCAUCAUAUUCAUCCGCCCUACCACCCAAUCAGAUUUCUCCUUACAACAGUUCUUUACCAGUCCCUUACCAGAAAUCCUAUUGGCUGCCAACUACUGAUCUUACGUCAUCAGAUUCAAAUGAUGACUAUGAUUGGAAUGAUCAAGAUGUGCAGGAGCAGCCACUGUCAUUAGUAAAGAAACGACCGAGUACAGAGAAUGAGUCAAGUGGGGAGUUAUCCAAUACAUCUUCCCGUGCCUCAAACAGUCCAAAUUCAGCAUCAUCAUCUUUACCUCUGAAACUCCGACACAAAGUCCCAAAUGAACAUCCAGUAGCCGCUGCACAUUCAGAUGAAAGUUCAUUUUCGUAUCAAAACGGACUAACACAGCUUUCAGAGGUUGCGCUUGCACACUCAAAUAUGUCAGAGAUGUCUGUUGAUAAUUACAAAGCUCAUAACAUAAAUGACUCUUUCGAUGCACGACCACGUAGCUUUUCAAAUCCGAGAUCCAUCUAUGAUAAUAAAUAUGUAGAAAGAAGGCGUAAAAAUAACGAAGCAGCACGAAAAUGUCGGGAAAACAGGAAACAGUUGACCAAAAUACGCGAAGUGAAGUCCGGAUACUUGGAGUCUGAGAAUGGUAAAUUGAAGAGUGAAUUGAAAGAUUUGCAGCAUGAGAUGAGAGAACUUAGAGAUCUUUUAGAAAAGAAGCGACAAGACAAAGACGAAACGGGGGAAUUAAUGAUAAAUCUUGACGCUGUUGAAGACAGCAGUAAUGAAAAACAAACAGAAAAUGUAAAUGGUGUUCUUGAUAAGAAGAUUAAAGAAGAGAAAGGAGAAAGGGAAGAUAUGGAAGAAAACUGAUUGUAAUUAGUUUCACUAAAUUUGUUUUAGAAUAGAUGCAAAUACGGGUAGUUCACACUCAGGAGUGAUAUAAGGUGAUAGAGGCAUAGAAAUAUUAUUAAUGUUUAAAUAUAUAUAGAAAUAUGUAUAUAUGAAUGUUCUUGACUUAACAAUUUAUUGCGUGUUUAAAAUUCAAAGUAACAAGUUAUAUAUUACUAAUUUACUGUAAAUAAAUUACUAUUAUUGUGGACAACGGAAAAGUAUGUUGUCGGAUUCGAUUGAACAAUUGCGGUCACAUCCGAUGCUAUAAAUAGCAACGAAAGUGUUGAACGGAAAUUCAGCUAUUGUUCACUAAUUCACACCAACGUGUAAUAGAUUUCCGGUAAAUGAAACAUCUCAUACAACAAUAUACUUGAAAAUCAUUUUCUGUAAUAACAUUACCUCAUUGUGUAUUUUUAACAUUCCGUCAAAUAUACAUUUGUGCCUACCUCUCAACUGUUGAUAUUUUUAAUAGAAACAAUCCAUUUAAUUAUUGUCAAAACUGAAUUGUAAAAUAUUGUAUUUUCUCAUAUGGAUCAAAGGUUAUGCUUGUUUAAAUUGUUUGCAGAUUUCAUCAAAUAUGACAGUUUUAGUUCUAUCAUAAAAGCGGCAUGAAAAUGCAAUUUUUUAAAAAAAAUAGAUAUAUAAAUUUGUUAAUACGCUUUACAUAAAAAAAUGAUGUAAAUUUUACUUGAAGUAAAGGAGAUGUUUUAAGAUUUAGGUCUUUUAUUGAAACAUGUAUAAACAUCAUACAAGUCCUAGGUUUUUGUCAUAUUUUAUCGAAGUCUCUUGUUUGUUUCAAACAAAGAGUAUUUUAAUAAUGUUGAAUUUACUCAAACUAUGCCAUGUAUUCUAUGGUGGCGUUGGUGUUUGUUUAAAUUGGUAAACUUAUUAGGUAUUCAGGGAUUUUAUUCGUUUUUAUUUCUGCAUUUUAAUGAUGUUUUUGUUAUAUGUGUGCGUAGUUUCGUUAUUUUUGUUCAAUUUACCAUGUAAAUUAAUUGUCAAAGCGAACACUGUUUCGCGGUAUGGAUAUGCACUAUCAUUAUUGGCUGUCAUUCCUCGGUUUUAUUGAUCGUAUGUAGCUCGUGCAUUGUUAUUUCUUACUUUUUCUGUUUAUUAAAAUUUUAUUUGAUUAUACAAUUAAGAAAAGAGGUAACCUCGCUUAAAGACUUAAAUGUUUUUUUCUUAAUUAUUUAGAUACGAGUUAGUAGUAAAUUCUAAUAUGAAAAUUUAGAUAUUUUUUUAACAAUGAAUCUACCCUGCUCCAAAGAACAUUUUUAAUCAUUCAUUGAAACUAAACACUGGUCUGUACCAGAUCAUUCGUUAAAUUCUAUAAUACUGUUAUGUUUAAGAUAGAUCAAAUUGUAGAUUUUUAUCGAAUACGAACAUUCCUUUUUCGAUAUAUGAGCCGUGCCAUGGGAAAACCAACAUAGUGGGUUUGCAACCAGCAUGGAUCCAGACCAGCCUGCGCAUCCGCGCAGUCUGGUCAGGAUCCAUGCUGUUCGCUAACAGUUUCUCUAAUUGCAAUAAGCUUUGAAAGCGAACAGCAUGGAUCCUGACCAGACUGCGCGGAUGCGCAGGCUGGUCUGGAUCCAUGCUGGUCGCAAACCCACUAUGUUGGUUUUGUCAUGGCGCGGCUCAUUUCAUCAUCAACAAAAAGUUUUAUAUUUUCUAUAUAGUUAUCUAUGAAUUGUGCCAUAACCGAAUGCAUUGCCAUAUAUUAAGAUGAUGUCAUUAUUAUUAAGUUAAUUAUUAUGUUAGAUCCUUUAAGUAUGACACAAAAAUGCUUUAUAUAUCUAUUGAUUCAGAAUUUAUUUAUUAUUUUGCGGUUGAAACUCGAUGUUUUGUAAACAUUUGAACAUCAUUUUCUAGACAAUGGGAUAAAAACAAAUAGAGUGUAUAAAAGUGUUUUUUCCCUCGAGUUUCAACUGUACUUUUUCAAGUGUUUGCGAUACUUCUUUAGUGUUUGCGAUACCUUUUUAAGUGUUUGCGAUACUUUUUUAGGGUUUGCGAUACUUGUUUUCAAGUGUUUGCGAUACCUUUUCAAGUGCUUGCGAUUCUUUUUCAGGUCUUUGCAUUUUUUCCCAAGUGUAUGCGAUAUUGUUAAAGAUUACAAAGUGCUAGACUUUUGUCAAUUAGAAAAUUAUUGUUGUUUCACAAAUUUAUGUAGUAAUUGUAUAUAACCAGAAAUCCGGACAAUUUUGCUACUGAAGAAAAUAGCCAGGUAAUUAAUAAGAAAUAAAUGGUUUCUUUGUCCUAUUUGGUGCAUGAAUUUUUUAUACAUAUCUGCUUUUUGUCUCCAUAUUUAUGUAAUUGUCGUAUGAAUGAAUUUCAGCGUAGUCCAUCUAAUAUGUUAAAGGGCGACAAGAAAUAGACAUAUAGAAAUGUUUGCUUUGUAUUUUGUGUUGCGUGGAAAAUGUUUUUUUUUUUUUGUUCUUGUUUUAUUACUAAUAUAUUUGAAAUUAGACUUAGUGAUGCACUUAUUGUAAUUAAUUUCUGCACGAUAUGGAGGCACUAUUUUGAAAUAUCUUUGGUAAAAUUUUGGUAAAAUGUUGCUAAAUUUUUGGCCUAAUCGGUAUCAUGCUCAACGUUUUUAAUAGCAAAGACAUGUAGGAGUUAGGUUUCUAUCAUGAUGAUUAGCAAUGGAAAAUAAUUUAGUUGCGGACAAGGUAUCAAAUUUAUGCUGAAUAUGAAAAAAAAAAAAAACAGACUUAGUCAUUAUCUAAUAAGUUUGAUAAAAUGUAAAAAAUGCAAUAGUUUGAUAUAAAUUUGUAGUGCAAACCAUCAUCGUGGUUUAUAUUUAGUGCUGGGAGAUUGUGCCAUUAACUGUAUCAAUUCGUGAAUAAUCUUGUGCCAUAAUACGGUUAUUUUUCUACAGGAGUAACGAUAGUACUGUAUGGAUAAAGGGAAAUAAUUCAUUUUUCAUUAUGUAGUUUUACUCCAACUGGGCUUAAUUUUUAUGUCUUUUUUUCGACUAGUACACAACAACGAUCUUAUUUAUAGCUUGUAUUUGGCUAAAAAGCUGUAAAUAUGGGCUAACAACGGUUGAUAUAGAUAGUUAUAAUAUUACCACUUUUCUUAUUGGCAUUUCCAGUUAUGUCUUCUUUUUGACAAAUAAAAUAUAUAAAGAAUU